AUGGAGACCGCCAAGAUCCCCGUCCAGCCGCCCAAGCGACGCCGCAUUGGCGUCCUCACCUCCGGGGGUGAUGCCCCCGGCAUGAAUGGCGCGGUGCGGGCGGUCGUCCGCAUGGCGAUCCAUUGCGACUGCGAAGCUUAUGCGAUCUUCGAGGGAUACGAGGGUCUGGUGAACGGCGGCAAUAUGAUCCGCCAGGUGCACUGGGAAGAUGUCCGCGGCUGGCUGUCUCGCGGAGGCACAUUGAUCGGUUCUGCCCGGAGCAUGGCCUUUCGGGAACGCGCGGGUCGCCUGCGGGCGGCCAAGAAUAUGAUCCUGCGGGGCAUUGAUGCGCUGGUGGUCUGUGGUGGUGAUGGCAGUUUGACCGGUGCCGACGUCUUCCGCGAAGAAUGGCCAUCCCUACUGGCGGACCUUGUUGGGGCAGGCGAGUUGUCCCAGGAGCAGAUCGACCCCUACAAGGUGCUUAAUAUAGUGGGUCUCGUGGGCUCUAUCGACAAUGAUAUGUCCGGUACCGACGCGACAAUCGGUUGCUACUCGUCCUUGACCCGGAUCUGUGAUGCAGUAGACGACGUGUUCGACACCGCCUUCUCCCACCAGCGGGGCUUCGUCAUUGAGGUGAUGGGCCGGCACUGUGGUUGGCUGGCGCUAAUGGCAGCUAUAAGUACUGGUGCCGACUGGUUGUUCAUUCCGGAGAUCCCUCCGCGGGACAACUGGGAAGAUGACAUGUGCUCAAUUAUCACCAAGAAUCGCAAGGAACGAGGCAAACGUCGCACAAUCGUGAUUGUGGCCGAAGGAGCACAGGAUCGUCAGUUGAACAAGAUCUCGAGCGCGACUGUCAAAGAUAUUCUCACCCAGCGUCUGGGUCUGGACACACGGGUGACCGUCCUGGGACACACGCAGCGAGGAGGUGCGGCAUGUGCAUACGAUCGAUGGCUGUCGACUCUACAGGGUGUUGAGGCUGUUCGGGCCGUGCUGGAGAUGUCGCCCGAGUCUCCGUCUCCCGUCAUCACGAUCCGUGAGAAUAAGAUCAUGCGCACACCGUUAAUGGAAGCGGUGCAAGCGACCAAAAAUGUCACGGCGAAGAUCCGUGCAAAGGACUUUGCCGCCGCGAUGACCCUCCGGGAUCCUGAAUUCAAGGAAUAUCAUCAGGCCUAUCUCCAUACCGCAACUCCGGAGCAUCCCAAACUAAUUGUCCCAGAGGCUAAGAGAAUGAGGAUCGCCAUCAUCCACGUCGGCGCCCCUGCCGGUGGUAUGAACCAGGCCACCCGUGCCGCCGUUGCCUACUGUCUGACGCGAGGCCAUACGCCCUUGGCGAUUCACAAUGGAUUUCCUGGCCUGUGCCGUCAUCAUGCCGACAAACCAGUGGGUUCAGUGCGUGAGGUCAAGUGGCUAGAGUCGGACAGCUGGGUCAACGAAGGUGGUUCAGACAUUGGAACGAACCGUAGUUUGCCCGCAGAGGAUAUGGAGACCACAGCCAAGUGCUUCGAUCUCUACAAGUUUGAUGCUCUCUUUGUGGUUGGUGGUUUCGAGGCUUUCACGGCCGUCAGCCAGCUCCGCAAGGCGCGGGAAAAGUAUGAUGCCUUCAAAAUUCCUCUUAUUGCGUUGCCAGCUACAAUCUCCAACAACGUCCCUGGUACAGAGUACUCACUCGGAAGCGAUACUUGCCUGAACACCCUGAUCGAUUUCUGCGACGCCAUCCGACAGUCCGCUUCCUCAUCCCGCCGACGUGUAUUUGUCAUUGAGACACAGGGCGGCAAGUCGGGCUACAUCGCAACAAUGGCCGGCCUGUCUGUGGGCGCCGUCGCCGUUUACAUCCCCGAGGAGGGUAUUAACAUCAAGAUGCUAUCACGCGAUAUUGACUUCUUGCGCGACAACUUUGUCCGUGACAAAGGUGCUAACCGUGCGGGCAAGAUCAUUCUCCGCAAUGAAUGUGCAUCCGGCACCUACACCACCCAGGUGAUCGCGGAUAUGAUCAAGGAAGAGGCGAAGGGCCGUUUUGAGUCGCGCGCUGCGGUUCCGGGACAUUUCCAGCAGGGUGGCAAGCCGACACCCAUGGACCGCGUCCGUGCCCUGCGCAUGUCGAUCAAGUGUAUGCAGCACAUCGAGACAUAUGCGGGCAAGUCCGCGGACGAGAUCAACGCGGACCCCCUGUCUGCCGCCGUCAUCGGCGUCCAGGGCUCUCAGGUGUUAUUUUCGCCGAUGGGUGGUGAGUCGGGCUUGGAGGCCACCGAGACUGAUUGGGCGCGCCGCCGGCCCAAAUCCGAGUUCUGGCUCAAGCUCCAGGAUGUUGUCAACGUCCUUUCGGGCCGCUCGGCGUCUGGCAGCCAAGAGGUCUGGUCCUGCUAUGAGAGUACGUAA